AUGGGAAAAUUAAGUGCUAGUUCUUGUAAGGGACUUUGGAAAGUGGUGGAGAGAAAAAUAUUAUGGUCACAAAAAGGGGUGAAGCAAGGUCAUUUUGUGGUGAUUGCAACACAAGGGUGGAAAGCUGAGAGAUUUUGUAUUGAAUUGGGAUAUUUAGAUCAUCCUGAAUUUGUGAAAUUGUUAAAACAAGCUGAAGAAGAGUUUGGGUUUUCUCAAGUUGGAGCACUUGAAAUUCCUUGUGAGCCAGAUGAGUUGAAGAGAAUCAUUGGUAGGAAAAAACAACACAUCAACAAGGGUGUUACUAUUACUUGUUAG